AUGGGAAACCUUGAGGCAGUUAUGGCAAAGAGAAGCAAUUCUCAUGAUUGAAAUUUUAAAACAAAGAAUGUGAAGCAGAAAAGAAAAACAGUAGAAUGAUUAAGAAGUAAUACUGAUUAUAUCUUAUCGACUGAACUUUCUCUAAAUGAAGUCAAUAAAAAACCACAAAGCUCAAUCAAACUUCAAUUUUAUGAGGAUAAAAAUCCAAUAAUAGAAAAAUUAGAAAAAAUUAAAGAAGAAGUAGAAAAAGAAUUCAAAAAUAUAAGUUCUUCUUAUCAAAAUAAUCAAAUAUUCAUAGAUUUAUUGCAAACAGAUAAUGAAGCUAUGAAUGCUUAUUUGAAAUAUGUUGAAGUGUAUACUCAAUUUUCUAGCAUACUUAGAGAGGUAAUAGAAGGUCUAAUUUCUGAGUCUUUUUCUCCAUAUAUCUAUCAAGACCCAAAAUACCUUUAUUCUAUGAGCAGUCAAAUGGAUAAAACUGAACUUGUUGUAUACGACAUAGAAAAAUCUCAACAAGAAAAAAUAAACAUUGAUUUAUCUGAGAGACUAACCAAUGAUGAAGUCAGUGUCGUUCAACUCCCCAACAACGAAUUAUUUUGUAUCGGAAAUAAGGAUGAUGCUUGCUAUGUUUGCAUAAUUGAUUUAAAUUCAUAUAAAAUAAAACGAAUUUUGCCAUCUACUAGCUAUCUUCACAGAUCAGGAAUCUUUUAUUAUCAGCAAAAUGUUUAUAUAUUUGGUGGGGUGGCAGUUCCUACGAUUAACGCAGCUUCUUGGAACCUAUUUCCCUCUUUUUCUGAUGAACAAAAUUGCAAUCGAAAAUUUGAUUUAAUCAAAAAUAAAUGGUCCUUGCUACCUCUUUUAAGUGAAGAUUUUACAUCUAGCUCAGCAGUUCCUUUUAAGCAGAGAAUUAUGCAUGUGAGAAAGCGAUUAUGACAAUGAAUAUGUUUGGACAAAAAUUGGAGAAUUUAA